GUUUGUGUUGUUGGGUUGGCAGUACUAUCCUUGCAUCGAUAGUGUCUUGUUCGUUUUCUGCUGCUACUACUGGAGUCAACUGAUAUAGUUCUUUAUGCCUAUUUUCUGUUCUGCUGUGCUUUGACGUCGAAAAUGUCCUAAAUUCGUUAAAAUUUGAUGACAAAUCUCCUCCAACAGCGGUUAUUGGACAUAAAUGAAGAGAAAAUAGCUUAGUAGCUUCGCCAUCUGAAAGGAUGCAAUUCAUGCUUUUCUAAUUUCUCUCCCAAAUGGGCUUUGACACAAGAUUAAUCAAGAUGGCAUUCCCCUCCUCUCUGCAAAUUGCAUUCUUUUGUGAUAACUGUGCUGCUGCAUCUCUUUAGAGAAAUGGAUAACAACUAUCUUGGUUCAGGCUUUGGACCUGGCCCUCAGUCAGGUCCAAUAACUAUUGUCCAUGCAGUGCCCAGAGUCCCAUCUACCCUGUCAGUUAGCGGUGUUGACGUGGGUGUGUUGUCGAAUUCAUCAGCCCAUGCCCUGUCUACCCUUACACUUACUCCUGGACGCACUCGAGACAUUGACCAAGAUAUGGAAGCUCUUCGAAUAUCCCGACAGGACAACCCAUUUCUUCAGCAGGUACUUGCUAGCCGUGAAAGUCUUGCAGACAGCUUAGAAGAAUCAGAAUCGGAUGAUAUAAACCUCAUGAAUCAGGAUUUUCCAUCAGAUUCAGAUCCAGAUCCUUUUACUUUGCCUGAAAUUCAUGAGCAUAUGAUCAGGUCUCCCCCUCCAACAUCAUGGCCUCGAUCACCAAAUUAUAAAGCUUUUCGAUUUCCGGGCAGUGAUGAUGAGUCUAGUCAGGACCAUGGAAGUGCAAGAAAAUCUCCAAGCAGAAUGGCUUCACCCCGCCAGCCCAGAGGUGCUUUAGUAUUAGAAGAGAUGGCUCGGGAGUUGUUGCGGAGCCCUGCAUCUCAGGAACGUACAGGAAGUGGAGGCAGUGGCUUCUCUCUUCUAAGCCCUGCCCCAAUGCGCUCGCUGUCUGAGGUGCGCCGUCUGCAUAGCAAAAGUGGAGAUGACAACGAAAGGCUGGUAUCACCUGAGGCUGAUGGAAACAUCUGUGUUAAUUAAGUCUAUUUAGAUUGGAAUAGCAAUUAAGUACUACAAAGUCUUCAAUGUUCUGUCACUUGAAGUAAGGAAAGUUUAACCCCCUUCAGACUGUAAUUGUAUGUUAGUGGCAUAGAGCCAUAGGUGUCAAGUCAUCCCUUUUGGCAUAUGCGUUUUUGUAGAAUACCAGUCUUAUGUGCUCAAUUUAAAAACAAGAAAAAAGAAGUUUUAUCCCUGGGCUUUUGGUAAUUGUAACUAUAGUAAUAUGUGUAAGUUGAAUUAACAACAGUCUUUAAAGUAGCACAAUCGAUAACAAUUUGAGCAAUUUUGAAGGUGAGAUGAUGAUGAUUAUAAUGAUGUUCGAACCUGAUAGCAUGUCAAAGCCUUUACACAGAAAAUUAUACUGUCCAAAGAAUUGUAGCUACAGGCCUCUGUCUGCAUGCAUAAGUUAAGCUGUAUUAGUAAGUAUUAGUCUUAGCAAUCGGAGUGAAAUAACUGUCAUUUCAUUGAAAGUGAUUCCUAGACAAUGUCUGCCUUCUGCGCCUUGGCAGACUUGGUCCAAGAAAUUUCUUUCCAAUGACCUCAACAAACAAAUCUCUCAAACUUUGUCACUCUACAUCUAUUUAACCUCAGAAACUGCAUGUUGAGGAAUGAUAUCAAUAUCAGAGGUUUACUCCUCACUUUUCUACUUUCAGCUUUUCUUACGUUCUUGUGCAUGUAAAGUUCCAUUUAAAAAAAUACAUAUUUAUCAUAAAUUAUUUCUUCAAAUAUUUAUGGCGAGAGCUUUAACAUACAGUGUUCAUGUUUAUAGUUUAUUAUUCUUGCCUGGCUUGAGUUAUAUUCACCAAUAUGGUGUGAUGAAACAUUCUAGUCAUUUUGCACCUCUCACUUUGUGCUUGUUGCAUUGACUCUUGUUUAUCCGCAGUGGUUACUGCUAAUUUUAAUGUACAAAAAUGCCAAAGUUUUUAUGUAAUUUUCUUUUUAUGACUUUUUGAUUUGAUUUUGUUUAUCCUGCAAAGUUUUUAAUUUUGUUUUCUCUAAUUUUUCCUCUGUCUCUCUUCAAAACUUUACUUGAAUUAUUUUUCUCUCCGGUCUUCUCUUUCUCAUUUUCUGACAGCCCUAGCUCUGGAGUUAGGGGGCUGUGUUGUUCAAGUCAAGUUGAACUUGAUUCCAAUAAGAAAGGCUGGCCCUCUCCCAUUAUUAAAAGAUUUAUCUUGACUAACAUUCCUCAUCCUUGACAAAUACUUAGAAAGUUGUAAUUUUAUUGUUAGUUUUUCUCAAUUUGAGCAUGGUAUUACACUGGCUUCCUAAAAACAUUCCUCACUCCUUUUUUACACCAGUAUUUAGUUCUUAUCUCAAUUUCCAUCACCUUUUCUUGUAUACUGACUAUGCAAGACCUUAUGAAAAUUUAUUCCUGCUUUGUGGCAUUUUCUACUUUAUUUGAUCUCUCACAUUGUCUGAAAAAAAAAAAACCUGUUUAUUAAGAUUUUUAAUGACAUUUUUAUUGCUCUGAUUUUGUUUCUUCAGAAUGGCACAAGUUUUUUUGUAAUUUGAAAAGGUUUUGCUGGGACAUGUUACGUGAAUGAGUCAUUCUGUAACACAGUUGUAUUUUGUACACAUUUUAUUUGAUGAAAAGAAGGAAUGUUUCUUUUUUCUUUCUUGGUUGUUCUGUUGUUUAUUUUUUAAGUUUUGGGUUUUUUGUUCCUUAUUUCUUAUUUUAUUCCUCCCUUUCUUGGGGUUGAAAAGUCAAGUUUGAAUGCUUAGUCGGAGGUUUCAAGUACUAAUUCAGAUGCAUCAGAUCUUAACAGAUUGAUCAAUAUCUAUCUAUCUUUAAUCUAGCAAUUCCAUGCAAGAAAUAUUCAAGAACUGAUGCAUGUGCAUUAGUUUGCAGCUUUUCUUGAUGACAAAGAUAUUGUGGUUUGUGCAUUCAUACCUUGAAAUCUUAUUGUGCCUAUCAAGUGUGACAGUAAUGGAAAAUAUGUAUCCAACGUUAAUUUUUCCUCCUAGUCAUCAUAGUCAGUUUGGAAAGAGCAGCUGAUACCAGUCUGUUGUCUUUUUGUCAAGUUUGCGUUUGUGAUAUUUUUGUGUUAAGUGUGUUAAGCUUUGAAACAGAAAUUGAGUCUUCAUCAUGUUUAUUGUUAUUGAACUGGAUUCAAAAUUAAUAAAAUUGACUAAAUAUUCA